CCUUCAUGACUGAGGUAAUGCCAUCUUGAUACGAAAACAGUGUUGCGUGAGUUGUAUAAACAAAAUAUUUUCGUCGUAUUGUUGCUUACAGAAAGCGGAAUUGUUUUAUUUUGAUUAGCGCAUAUGAAACUUAAACGGAAGAGGGAUAUAAUUAUCCACUUCGAGGUUUAUUAACUGGCUCAUUCUUCCCGGGAGCCACAUUUUAUUUUCGGAAAGAGAAAAGCUGCUGCUGCUGGUUGCGUUAACAAAGGACUAACGUAACGUUAUUUGGAUCCGAGUAGUCGUUUAUUGCUCGAUUGAGAAGAGAUGGCGGAGAUGUACAUUCGCGUCGCGGAGGAGGAGAACGAGGAACCGAUGGAGAUACCAUCAGAGGACGACGGCACGGUGUUGCUGUCCACGGUGGCCGCUCAGUUUCCAGGAGCGUGCGGCCUACGCUACCGGAGCCCCGUUUCUCAGUGCAUGAGGGGAGUGCGUCUCGUGGACGGAAUUCUGCACGCCCCCGAGAACGGCUGGGGAAACUUGGUCUACGUGGUCAAUUAUCCUAAAGAAACCAUACUCCCAGAUAAUAAGAGGAAGAUGGAGGAGAUUGAUGCUUCAUCUGCUACAAAGAUCAAGAGAGGUGACCAGAAAACGUCAGAUCUGAUCGUGUUGGGUUUGCCUUGGAAAACUUCAGAGCAAGAUUUAAAGGACUACUUUAGUACGUUUGGGGAAGUCAUCAUGGUGCAGGUUAAACGGGAUGUGAAGACUGGAAAUUCGAAAGGAUUUGGAUUUGUAAGGUUUACAGAGUGGGAGACUCAGACUAAGGUGAUGUCACAGCGGCACAUGAUUGAUGGCAGGUGGUGUGACUGCAAACUGCCAAACUCAAAGCAAGGUCCUGAUGAGCCAAUGAGGAGCCGGAAGGUGUUUGUAGGGCGUUGCACUGAGGACAUGACAGCCGAUGAGCUUCGUCAGUUCUUCAUGCAAUAUGGGGAGGUCACAGAUGUCUUCAUUCCCAAACCCUUCAGAGCGUUUUCUUUCGUCACCUUUGCAGAUGACCAAGUCGCUGCGUCGCUGUGCGGAGAGGAUCUGAUCAUCAAAGGAGUCAGCGUCCACAUCUCUAAUGCAGAGCCAAAACACAAUAACACUAGGCAGAUGAUGGAGCGGGCAGGGCGCUUCGGGAACGGGUUCGGGGCUCAGGGUUUUGGAGGAAACCGUAGCGCCAUGGGGGCUAGCUCCAGCAGUAUGGGGAAUUUUGGAAAUUUCAACCUUAACCCGGCCAUGAUGGCUGCCGCCCAGGCUGCCCUGCAGAGUAGCUGGGGCAUGAUGGGAAUGUUAGCUCAGCAGAAUCAGUCUGCAGCGUCCGGCACCAACACGAGUGGCACGAGCACCGCUCGGGACCAAACCCAGUCAUACAGCUCAGGAAACAGCAACUACAGCAGCAGCUCUGCCGCUCUCGGUUGGGGCUCCGGGUCUAACUCGGGCACCCCUGGUAGUGGGUUUAACUCAAGCUUUGGUUCUAGUAUGGAGUCAAAGUCAUCGGGGUGGGGUAUGUAAGUUGUGUUUUGUUUUCGGUUUUGAAGUGUUGGUAUUUCUAGUUUGUCUGGUAAGUAUUUUACCAAGAGACUUAUCUCGUCACGUUUGUUUGGGAGCGGGGAUGGGUGAAAAGGGAGUUUGGAGACAAAAAAAAUAGAAUGUUUUGUACAUUGAAUGCUAUUUAGUGUUUGGAGUGAGAUGUUAACCAGAGUGUUACUCUAAUGUGUAUCAUCUUUGGUGUUAUGUUUUCCCCAAUGUUGUAUUGUCUUGGUUGAUGCAACCGAAACAUUUCAACUGGAUUCUUAUAAUGCAUGUGAUAUAGCAAAAAAAUGCAUGAAGAAUUGCAUCGUCAUUAAAGGACAUUUAUCGUUACGUUGAAAGAAAGGAACUUGCAUUUGAAAGAAUCUGGUUGAAAACAUUUUCCGUUGAACUUGAUUUCAGUCUAGUUGUAUGGAAAUACUUAAAAACAAGCCUUCAUCAAAAUCUCUUCUGCAGUUGACAUCUGAGGUUUGCCUGGGAAGAGCGCCCUCUAUGGCAGCACAGUGUGGCUGAGGUCACUAUCUCACCUUCCUCCCCAUGUCUGUAUGCUUUCAUCGCACGGCUCGAUGACACGGUGGGUGUCCACUUUUUUAAAAUCCACAUUUAUGACAAGAACUGCGCAGAAAGUGAAGUUUUUUUAAACAACCCUUGAGUGCGAUUGGUGAUGGCGAAGAGUGAGAAGUCUGCGAGUGAGCAAAGAGAGAGAAAAAGUGUGGAGCGCACGAAGCAAAAAACUUGCGAAUGCGAUGAAAGAGCCGAAUUUUGACUGCGUUGGUGAGCGUGUGUAUGAGAGCUGCUGAAUCUUCCCAGCGUCCCAUUAAUUGAGCCCAAAAUGACGGACACUUAGUUCACAUGUACCUCAAGGAUUUAUUUGGUCUUCCUAGGUCCCCUAUUUUGCUUUUCUCCUCUAGUAUACUGACUUUUGUGCUUAAAUUGUUGAAUGUUGUGAUGAUGCAUAUUUUUGUCUUGCUUCUAUAAUCCCAUCUGAAUGCCGUACGGUGUGUGUGCUUUAUUUCCUUGUAACUUGACCUGAAAGUGUGAACUUUGAUGUGGAUGACAUCUUCAGUGGACACUGAGGGGGGGAAACGUGAGUGAUUGUGCAAGUGCGACCUGUAUGUUGAGUGCUGUGGAUGUCUGUGGAAGUCCUCUAGAUAAUGUUGCUCAGUGUUUUCAAAGGCAUUUUAUAUGACUUGUCAAAUGAAGGGAGUGCUUCAAUAAAACUAAUUUGAAUAGA